UUGGGAAUGCCGAGAAAAGUAUGGGCGAGGGAGCUGAUGGGAGGAGAGAAAUUGACUAGACCUGUGGAGUGAGCACAGAGAUGGGGAUAGAUAAUUAGUAGGUGAUGAGGUAGUGUGAGAAGCAGAGGUAACCAUGGGGAAUUGUUAAGGUUUUGAUGCGACACGCCAUGGAUUACUGCCUGGCGCAAGGGACUUAUCCUUCUGUAGUGAAAUAAAUCGCUGUACAAUGGGUUGUAGUUAUGGUGCUUCUUUGCGAGCCUAAUCGUGCAGCGAUGUUGAUUUUAGAGUACGCUGGCUAACUUCCACCUGCCAUUGAAGGCCGACAUCAAUCAAGCAGGCGUCGAGUCACUAUCAAAGGCUAUUGUUAAGCGCCACUGCGCUCCGCAAGUCCCGUGGCUAUUGUUAAAAUUUAUCUCCGUAUCUUCACGACGACUGCUUACGACGACUAGUUAGUUGCCUGGUUCGUUUUGAACACCAUGUCGGCGGCGCUCCUCGCGAGGCUACGUGGCAAGCUGUCAUUGGUCGCCGAUAAGCUCCUCGAGCUAGACCAAGAAGCGCUCCGCCCUUCGUCUCACACCCCUCAUCACACCCAAGACAAUGGCCAGAGCACCCGACUCAACCGCACCCUACCGCUGCUCUCACAGGAGGGAGGCACGGUUGCCGGUGGUAACCCGACUGCCACCAACAGCAGCAGCAGCUGCAGCACCAGCACUAGCGCCACCACCAGCGCCAGGGGAGGCAGCGGCGGCAGCACCACCUCUGGCACCAGUAACGACAGCACCAUUGGUAACCACGUAAAUGGUAACGGUAACCCGGAGGGCCCGGGCCUUAACUCGCAGGUUCAAGGCGUCAUGGCGGUGGCAGUGGCCAUGGCGUUAGACGUGGACCGGGAGGUCAAGAAGACGCUAGACGAGGGGGACAUGCUGCGAGGCCUCCUAGGGCUCACGCCUGCAAAAAGCACUGCAGAUGCUGCUCCGCAGUCGGAAGGAGGCUCGCUGGAAGCGCACGGGAACGGUGCGCCUCGCGCGGAGGCGGAAACCCCAGGGCUUCCUGGAUCCGGCGUACAGGGGAGAAGGGGGGAGGAGGGGGGAGAUCAGGUGAGACUCGGCCCGGAGAUUGAAGCUUGCUUGGGGAGGCUUGAGGCGAGGUUUGGAGGGGGGAGGGGGGCGAUCGAGGAGAUUGAGCGAUGGGUGAACUCCCAGGUGGAGAGUAAGGGGCUGAGGGCCCCGGGCUCGCAACCAAGUGGUGCAGAACGGUUGGGCAAGGUGAGCGCGUCACCGGCAGUGACUGUGGUUGACGGAGCGAGCGAAGCCGGGGAGGUUGAGCGAACACUAAUUGCGGAAGCAGAACACCUGGGGGAGGCUGCAGUUUCGUCAACCACGGGCGAAAACUGGUUACCAGGUAAAGUGGCAGGUUCGCUUGAGAAGCAGCAGGCUCGUGCUAAGGCCUCCCUUGCUCUCGGAGGCCUGGAGUCCUGGGUUGGUUCUAACGGGGAUGCUUUUAAAGGAGCGCUGCUGCAGCUGCUGGAGAAGGAAGAGGCGCGGCUGGAGGGGGGGAUCCAACGGCUGGGAAUCGAUUCUGAGCGGAAGAUCUGCGAUCUGAGAGAGGAGGUGGAGCGAGCCGUGGGCGGUGAGGGGAGGAAGAGGGAGGCCGAGAUGGACCGAAUGGUGAAUCUGCUUAUAACGGAGGCGGCUCACAGGCAGCAGCUGGAAGAGGAGUUCAAAGCGGUGCAGAGGCAGUGGGCGGUGAAGCUGCAAGAGGCGCGGGAGCAGCAGAAAGCGCAGCAGAUGGUUGAAAUGGAGGCAGUUAGGAGAGAGAUGGAAGAGAUGCGAGAGCAGUGGCGGGUGCAGCAGGCAGAAGAGAAGGACGCGGUGAAAAGGCAGAUGGAGCAGAUGCGAGAGGAGUGGAGGGUGCAGCAAGCACAGGCGAACGAGGCUCUGAUGGGGCCUAUGGAGGAGAUGAGAGAGGAGUGGCGGGCGGCUGGCUUGGGCGGCAGAGUGAAACGGCUGGAGGAACGGUUGGAAGCGGUUGAGGGCGGCGAGACGGACAUGGAGACCCGGAUUCUGCAGAAGGUGGCUGAAAUGCGGGUUGAGGCGGGGUUAGAGGUGGACAGGCUGGAGGGGAUUGUGGAUGAGAAGGUGAAGGGUCUGCGGCAGGAGAUAGAGGGGAGGAUGGAGGGGGGUAAGCAGAAGGUGGAGCAGUUAGAGGAGCUGUGGAUGGCUGCUGAUGUGCCCGGGAUGGUUGAGAGGAUCGAGAAUGGCGUCAAGUGUAACAAGAUUGUGAUCGAAGCGGUGGAUAGAAGGGUGAGGGAGCAGGGGGAGGGGCAGGAGAGGCUUAUGGCGGAGGCGGAGAGGAAGGUUAAGAGGGUUGAGGAGAGUGUGGGGGAGAGGGUGGGGAAAGUGGAAGAGAGUAUGGAGGAGAGAGUGAGGAAAGUUGAGGAGAGUGUGGAGGAGAGAGUGAGGAAGGUGGAGGAGAGUGUGGAGGAGAGAGUGAGAAAGAUAGAGGCGGGUGUGGAAGAGAGGGUGGUGAAAGUAGAAGAUAGUAUGGAGGAGAGAGCGAAGCGGGUGGAGGAAAGUGUGAUGGUGGGAGUGAGAAACUUAGAGGAAGUGGUUAAGGAGGUGGAGAAACUAGAGGAGAAGAACGUGCAGGAAAGGUUGGGAGAGGUCGCAGGGAGCGUGGAGGAGAGAGUGAAAGGAAUCGAGGGGAGUUUGGGGGAGAGAGUGAGGAAGAUAGAGGAGAGUGUGGGGGAGAGAGUGAGGAAGAUAGAGGCGAGUGUGGAGAAGAUGGGGAAGGUAGAGAAGGGAGGCGAGGGGGGGAUGAGGGGAGUGGGGGAAAGUGUGGAGGAGAGGAUAAGGAAAGUGGAAGUUGAUACGGAGGAGAGAGUGAAGCGGGUGCAGGGGAGUGUGGAGGAGAGAGUGGGGAGGUUGGAGGGGAGUGUUGAGGAGAGAGUGAGGGGGCUGAGAGGGGAGAUGGAGGCAGUGGGGAGGCAAGCAGCAGACGUGGGAAGGGUGGUGCUUGAGAUCAGCAGGGAGGUCGCACACCAGGUGGAGACAGUGAAGGCCCAGCAAGGCAUACCCCAAGGGAAUGGUAUUUUAUCAGGAGGAACUGUGGGGGGAGCGGCGGCAGCAACGCCUGCACAGCAGCAGCAGCAGCAGCAGCAGCAGCUGGAGGCGGUGAUUGCAGUGGGCAGGGAGGUAGCCAUGGUGGCAGCAGAACUGACCAAAUCCGCCAAGUUGGCUCAAGGGAGAGACGGGACGGACGAAGCAGGGGCGGGAAGCAGGGCGCUUCUGGAGCAGGUGGUUCUGAUUGGCCGCGAGGUGGCGAGUGUGGGGGCAGAGGUCGCUGCGGCGGCCAAGGGACUGGAGGGGAGGAAGGAGGAGAUUAAGCACAGGGAGUAUCUGGAAGAGGUUGUUCUGAUUGGCCAAGAGGUGGCCCGGGUAGGGGCAGAGAUCGCCAAGGGAGGAAAGGAGCCGCCGCACGGAAUCAAAUCUGAGGAGGAGAUCAGAUCUUUGAUUGCAACUGAGCUGGCCGCGGCUGGUGGCAUAAAACAGCAGGAGCCGGCAGCAGCAGCUUUGGAGGAAGCUUCCAAGAAGGUGGCGCAGCUGCAGGAGCUCCUGGAAGAGCAGCAGCGCAAGGCUGACGUGGCAGGUGCUAACGUGGCAUCGAAGUUCCAACAGCUGGCGGGCAAAAUCUCCGCGCUGGAGCGCAAGCAGGCGCAAUCCACGUCAGCAGCAGCAGCAUCAGCCGUGGCUUCUGCUGCUUCUGCGGAGAACCAUACUGCGCUCCCCCGUGCGGCAUCCUUAGGCGGGGGGAUGCCGAUCUCCUCUCGGGGCCCUAAGACCAUCACAGCAGCAGCAGAGGCGGCGGCAGCAGUGGUGGCGGACAGGGGGUGGGUGCAGCAGCAACUGUCGGAGCAAGAGAUGAAGCUCCGGUGGCGCAUGGAGGCCCUUCAGCGCAUGGCGAGUGCUGCUCUUGAGAAGGCGCAGAAGCAGGCAGCAGAGGCUGCUGCGGCGCUUGCAGCAGCAGAGGCAGCAGCAGGAGCAGCAGCGGCUGGUGCGGGGACCAGUGCGGGGGCAGGAGGGGGGGCAGUGGCAGGGGAAGCGGCAGGGGCAGUGGGCGGCACAGGGGAAGGGGGCGGCUCUGGAGCAGGGGCGGGGGAAGUGGCAGUGGCCGUUGAAGGAGCGGACAGGGGGCGCAUGCAGGGCAUGCAGCGGAUAGCAGAGUUCGGCGUGCAGAGGGUGGGGCAGCUGGCAGUGCGCGCAGCAGAUAUGGACUGCGCGCUGACCCAGGUGCAGGACGUCCUGGGGAGGCUCGUGGCUCGACUCCAGAGCAUGGAGGAGGAGAGGUCCGCAUCGUCCGCCUCUCACCAGCAGCUGGCAGUGCGAGCAGCAGAGGUGGAAGGCGCGCUGAAGCAGGUGCAGGAGGUUCUGGGGGUGCUGACAGCGCGGGUGCGGGGGGUGCAGGAGCAGCAGGCGGGGAGGGGCGCGGAGGUAGAUGCGUUGGGUGCGCUGAAGGCGCGGAUUGAGGGGGUUUUGGAGCAGCAGGCGGAGCGGAUUGGGGGUGUGGAUGCUGUGGUAAAGCAGGUGGAGGAGCAGGUGAGGCGGCUGGUGGAAGCGGACGCUUGCAAUAUGUCAGCUGUAGCUGUAGCAGCAACGGAAGCAGCAGCAGAAGCAGGAGAAGCACCAGAAGCAGCACCAGCGCCAGAGGCAGAAGCACCAGAAGCAGCACCAGCGCCAGAGGCAGGAGCACCAGAAGCAGCAGCAGUAGCAGCAGCAGCAGCAGCGGAAGUAGCAGCAGCAGUGGCAGAAACAGCAGCAGCAGCACCUGAAACAGCAGCAGCAGCAACAGAAGCGGCACCAGAAAUUGCUGCAGCACCAGGGACACCAAAAGCUGGAACAGCACCAGAAGCAGAAACAGCCGCGGAAGCAGAAGAUGCAGCAGCAGCAGAAGCGGCACCACAAACACCAGAAGCAGAAACAGCAGCAGCACCCGAAACACCAGAAGCGGAAGCAGCAGCAGCAGCAGCGGGUCUAUUGCCAUCGGCUGUGGCAAUGACAGCAGAACCAGCAGCAACGGCAACAGAGUCUGCAGGUGAUGCCACAGCAUCAGCUGUAGCAGCAGCAUCACCUGUAGCAGCAGCAUCACCUGUAGCACCAGCAACACCUGUAGCACCAGCAGCACCUGUAGCACCAGCAUCACCUGUAGCACCAGCAUCACCUGUAGCACCAGCAGCACCUGUAGCACCAGAAGCACCUGUAGCACCAAAAGCACCUGUAGCACCAGCAUCACCUGUGGCUGCAGCAUCACCUGUAGCACCAGCAGCACCUGUAGUGCCUGUACCGUCUGUGACUUUCGCAGCGAGCCAAAUUGAUCUCCUGUGCCCUAUGCCCCAAGAUGUGGAGCCAUCCAAACCGACUCAAGACUCGCCAUCAGCAGCAGUCGCGGCAACAGCAGCAGCACCGCCAUCACCAUCAGCUGCAGCAGCAGCAGCAGCACCAUCACCAUCAGCUGCAGUAGCAGCAGCAGCAGCACGUUCUGUAGCAGCGUCCAUAUCAAGCCAGGUAGGCCUGCCCCAUGAGCAGGACGCUUCUGAGCCGACUCAGGAGUCAUCAGCACCACCAGCGCCACCAGCGCCACCAGCACCAUCAGCACCAGAAGCGGCAGCAGCACCAGAAGCAGCAGCAACAGCAGCAGCAGAGGCACCUUCGGUUGACCUGAUAUUGUCCCAACAGCUGGACACACAGUCGCAGCAACUACAGGGGGACGAGGCUUCCGAGUCGACUCCAGAGCCACUAUCAUCUUCAGCUGCGGCUGCAGCACCAUCAUCACCAUCAGCAGCAGCCGCAGCUGCAGCAGCAGCAGCACCAGCAGCAGCAGCAGAAGCACCUUCAGUUGACCUGAUAUUGUCCCAACAGCCGGACACACAGUCGCAGCAGCUGCAGGGAGACGAGGCUUCCGAGUCGACUCCAGAGCCACUAUCAUCUUCAACUGCGGCUGCAGCACCAUCAUCACCAUCAGCAGCAGCCGCAGCUGCAGCAGCAGCAGCACCAGCAGCAGCAGCAGAAGCACCUUCAGUUGACCUGAUAUUGUCCCAACAGCUGGACACACAGUCGCAGCAGCUGCAGGGAGACGAGGCUUCCGAGUCGACUCCAGAGCCACUAUCAUCUUCAGCUGCGGCUGCAGCACCAUCAUCACCAUCAGCAGCAGCCGCAGCUGCAGCAGCAGCAGCACCAGCAGCAGCAGCAGAAGCACCUUCAGUUGACCUGAUAUUGUCCCAACAGCUGGACACACAGUCGCAGCAGCUGCAGGGAGACGAGGCUUCCGAGUCGACUCCAGAGCCACUAUUAUCUUCAACUGCGGCUGCAGCACCAUCAUCACCAUCAGCAGCAGCCGCAGCUGUAGCAGCAGCAGCACCAGCAGCAGCAGCAGAAGCACCUUCAGUUGACCUGAUAUUGUCCCAACAGCUGGACACACAGUCGCAGCAGCUGCAGGGAGACGAGGCUUCCGAGUCGACUCCAGAGCCACUAUCAUCUUCAACUGCGGCUGCAGCACCAUCAUCACCAUCAGCAGCAGCCGCAGCUGCAGCAGCAGCAGCAGCAGCAGCAGCAGCAGCAGCAGCAGAAGCACCUUCAGUUGACCUGAUAUUGUCCCAACAGCUGGACACACAGUCGCAGCAGCUGCAGGGAGACGAGGCUUCCGAGUCGACUCCAGAGCCACUAUCAUCUUCAACUGCGGCUGCAGCACCAUCAUCACCAUCAGCAGCAGCCACAGCUGCAGCAGCAGCAGCACCAGCAGCAGCAGCGGAAGCACCUUCGGUUGACCUGAUAUUGUCCCAACAGCUGGACACACAGUCGCAGCAGCUGCAGGGAGACGAGGCUUCCGAGUCGACUCCAGAGCCACUAUCAUCUUCAGCUGCGGCUGCAGCACCAUCAUCACCAUCAGCAGCAGCCGCAGCUGCAGCAGCAGCAGCACCAGCAGCAGCAGCAGAAGCACCUUCAGUUGACCUGAUAUUGUCCCAACAGCUGGACACACAGUCGCAGCGUCUGCAGGGAGACGAGGCUUCCGAGUCGACUCCAGAGCCACUAUCAUCUUCAGCUGCGGCUGCAGCACCAUCAUCAGCAGCAGCCGCAGCACCAGCACCAGCAGCAGAAGCACCUUCAGUUGACCUGAUAUUGUCCCAACAGCUGGACACACAGUCGCAGCAGCUGCAGGGAGACGAGGCUUCCGAGUCGACUCCAGAGCCACUAUCAUCUUCAGCUGCGGCUGCAGCACCAUCAUCAGCAGCAGCCGCAGCACCAGCAGCAGCAGCAGAAGCACCUUCAGUUGACCUGAUAUUGUCCCAACAGCUGGACACACAGUCGCAGCAGCUGCAGGGAGACGAGGCUUCCGAGUCGACUCCAGAGCCACUAUCAUCUUCAACUGCGGCUGCAGCACCAUCAUCACCAUCAGCAGCAGACGCAGCAGCAGCAGCAGAAGCACCUUCGGUUGACCUGAUAUUGUCCCAACAGCUGGACACACAGUCGCAACAGCUGCAGGGGGAUGAGACUUCCGAGUCGACUCCAGAGCCACUAUCAUCUUCAGCUGCGGCUGCAGCGCCAUCAUCACCAUCAGCAGCAGACGCAGCUGCAGCAGCAGCAGCAGCAGCAGAAGCACCUUCGGUUGACCUGAUAUUGUCCCAACAGCACGGCGCACAGCUGCAGCAGCUGCAGGGGGACGAGACUUCCGAGUCGACUCCAGAGCCACUAUCAUCUUCAGCUGCGGCUGCAGCACCAUCAUCACCAUCAGCAGCAGACGCAGCAGCAGAAGCACCUUCGGUUGACCUGAUAUUGUCCCAACAGCACGGCGCACAGUUGCAGCAGCUGCAGACGGGGGUUGAGGAGCAUGGGACUUCCGAGUCGACUCCGUCAGUAGCAGCGGCGGCAGAAGCAGCAGACACAGCAGCAGCAGACGCAACAGACGCAGCAGCAGCAGCAGCAGCAGCAGCAACAGAAGCACCUUCUAUAGCGGCGUCCUUACCAAGCCAGCUAGACCUGUUGUGCGCCAAAUCCCAGGAGCAGGACGCGCAGCUGCAGCAGCUAAAGUGGGGCUUUGAGGAGCAUGCGAGGCAGCUCGCCCUGCUGGAGAGCGCGUGGAGUGAGAGGGUGGACGCUGCGUGCAGGGAGACGGUAGAUGCAGCAUUCAGAGAGAGGGUAGACAUGGCAUUCAGGGAGAGGGUGGAUGCCGAAUUGAGGGAGAAGGUAGACAUGGCUUUCAGGGAGAGGGUGGAUGCUGAAUUGAGGGAGAAGGUAGACGUGGCAUUCAGGGAGAGGGUGGAUGCAGAAUUGAGGGAGAAGGUAGACGUGGCAUUCAGGGAGAAGGUAGGCGUUUUAUUGUCGACUCAAAGGCAGCAUGCGACGCAGCUGGCCCUGCUGGAGGGGGCGUGGAGGGAGACGGACGCUCAGGAAACUGCUUCUGAGGCGCCUCCAAAGGAGAGGAAAAACGCGCAGGAAGCUUCGUCCGAGGUGACUCCAAAGGAGGGGCUGCAUGUGAAGGACUUGAGGAGGAAGUGGGAGGGUAUGGUAGGGGCGUCUGGGGCAGCAGCAGAACCAGCAGCAGUAGCUGCGGGGACAGGAUCAGCAGCAGCAGCAGCUGCGGGACCAGGAGCAGCAGCAGCAGCAGCCGACGUAGGUGGAAGGGGGGGCAACGAAAAGCAGAGUGGCGGCUCCAAGCAGGCGGGAAGGCUGGAGAGCAUGGGAGGGGCAUCUGGGGUUGGAGCAGAACCAGCUGCAGAGGAAGGAAUAGCAGCAGGAGCAGGAGCAGGGGCAGUGGCAGGAGGGGGAGCAGCAGUGGCAGAAGCAUGUGGGAAGGCGGGAGACAAGCCGCAGAGUGAGGCCUCCCUGUUGACUCAAGUCAACGAGGAAGUUGUGGAGGAGGGGGCGCAAGAGGGAACUGCUAAGGACGGGGAUCUAGAGGGAGGUGAAAAGGAUGCGGCACAAGAGGGAACUGCAGCGGAUGGAACCCUUGCUACAACGUCAAGCGCAGCCCUGAACACAGCUGCAAGCACUGCAUUCAGCACGACCGGAUCCCUCCCUCCCACCUAUCCCAAGCACACAGUCGAUUUCACCCGCCUCCCCAACACCACUGACAAAGACUUCGAGCAUUUCCUCCUGCUCACGCAGCUGCUCCCCCCCUCCAUCCUCUCCUCUAUCUCCUCCCUCCGCUUCGGCUCUGAAGACGCCUCCUGCAAAUCCCUCACCGCCGCCUCUCUCCGCCACGCCACCUCUCUACCGGGCCUUACCGCUCUCCACCUCCGGGGUUGCACUGGGGUGACCACCGAGGGGAUUCUCCAGAUCGGCCGGUUGACUCUGGUUGAAACGCUUGACUUGAGCUACACGCCUGUAGGGGAUGCGGGGUUGCGGUGCCUAGAGCAGCUGGUUAUGCUUCGGGAACUGGAUUUGAGCGAGUGUAACCUGGUUACCGACGUGAGCGUGCAGUGGAUCGUGAAGCUGAAACGGCUAAGGAAACUGGAUCUGGGGGUGUGCUUGGGGAUAGGGGAGAGGGGACUUGAGAGGGUUUGCCGGGAGAUGACAUGGCUCGAAGAACUAGGGCUGUCAGGCACGGCGUUAAGUGACAGGGGUAUGGAGAGAAUUGGGCAGAUGGGGGGGUUGAAGAGCUUAGAUGUGUCGCAUACACGAGUGACGGAUGAGGGCAUUGCCUGUUUGGUGGUGUCAGAAGCUCUGUCGGUGGGUAAGGAGCGCGCUCGAGCGGCCCUGGCUAGAGCAGCAGCGGACGCAGAAGCAGCAGCAUCAGCAGCAGAGGCCGCUGUAUAUGCUGCCGCACCAGCGGAAGUUGCAGGAGGAGCAGGAGCAGCAGCGGCUGCAGCUUCGGCAGAGGUGGGCAAGGCUGCUCCUCCUGUUGCUGCCCUGAACCCAGCAGCAGCAGCAGGACUGGCUGGAGCAACACCAGCAUCAGUGACAGCAGCAGGAGCAGCAGGGGUGGAGGGAACAACAGCAGAGCCGGCAGGGGAGAGAGCUAGGUCACCAGGGACUAUUGCGCGUGAGGCGCUGGCUCGCUUCGUUGGGGAUGAGAGUGAUGACGACGGCGCUGCUGCUGCUUCAGGCGAUGCUGCACCUGCUGCCGCUGCUGUUGCUGCAGAUGCUGCUGGUGGUGCGGCUGCUAAUGCUGCUGCUGCGCCUGUUGCGUCAGGCGUUAACGCACCUGCUGCUGCUGCUGCAGAUGCUGCUGCUGCUUCUGCUGCUGAUGCGGCUGCUGCUGCUGCUUCUGCCGCCAAUGCUGCUGAUGCAGCUGCUGCUUUUGCUGCUUAUGCUGCUGCUUCUGAUGAUGAUGCAGCUGAUGCUGCUGAUGUUGCUGCAGCUGCUGCUGCGGAUGCUGCCGCCGCUGCUGCUGCUGAUGCUGCUGAUGCUGCUGGUGCUGCUGCUGAUGCUGCUGCUGCUUCUGAUGCUGCAGCGGCUGCUGAUGCUGCUGCUGAUGCUGCUUCUGCUGCUGAUGCUGCCGCUGAUGCUGCUGCUGCUGCUAAUGCUGCUGCUGAUGCUGCUGCUGCAGGUUCUGAUGCUGCUGCCGAUGCUGAUUCUGCUGAUGCUGCUGAUGCUGCUGGUGGCGCCGUCACUGCUGUUGUUAGGGCGUCUGCUCCUGCUAGUGGAAGUACCUCGGCUGAACCCGCCGCUGCUACUGAAUCUGCUGCUGCAGAACAGACUGUUGCAGAGAAGCGGAGUGCAGAGAAACAGAGUGCAGAGAAGCAGAGUGCAGAGAAACAGAGUGCUGCAGAAAAAGAGAGCUUGGAGUAUCAAAGCGCAUCAACGCACUCUUGGACACUCCCUGCCCCCAGCAAGCCCAAUCCCCACAUCCCAUCAUCAUCAGCAUCAUCUUCCCUAGAAGCUUCCUCUCCGUCCAUCCCACCUCCCCCCCCCCCUGCUCCUGCCUCCCGCUACCUCCUGCGCCUUCACCUAGUGGGCUGCUCCCGACUCACCGACACCGCCCUCCACCGCAUUGCACACCUCUCGCAGCUCCAGGCCCUCGACCUCAGCUUCACUAGGAUCACAGGCGAGGGUCUGGUCUCUCUUAAAGCCCUCUCCUCUACUCUUAACGAGCUGGUUCUUAGUGGGUGUGAGCAGCUGGGAGUGGAGGAGAAGGAGAGGGGGAAGGAGGGGGGGAAGGAGGGGAAGGGGGGAGGGGAGGAGGGGGGGAAGGGCGGUAUUAUGGAGCAGCUAGGGGCGUUUGCUCAGGGGAGCUCGUGGUUUGGAUUCUUGCAGAUUGAGCAGCCACAGCUGGAGAGCGGAAGCAGUGGCACCAGCAGCAGCACUAGCAAUGAGAGGAACAGCAGGAACAAGAGUGAUAACAACGGCACCAUCACUAGCAGCAGCGGCAGCAGCAAAGGCAGCGGCAGCAGGACGGCUGUAGCUGCUGCCCCAAAGGGCGGAGUCCUUCGUUAUCUAGUGGCGCUGACCUCUUUGCGUAAGCUCGACUUAUCCAACUGUGUGCGUGUGGGGGUGGAGGGCGUGCAGUGUGUGUGCGAGGGCAUGCCCUGGCUUGAAGAUCUGUGUCUUGACGGGUGCAAGCUUACAGACGCGGGUAUGGAGGCCAUAGGGAGAAUGACCCGGCUCCGAGUGCUCGAUAUCUCCGGUUCUCCUAUCACCGAUGCCGCUUUAGUGCAUCUCUCUCAGCUAAACACCGGCACUUACGGCUCGUCUGCUACCAUCAGCAGCACUAGCACCAGCACAAGCACCCCAACCACCACCACCAGCACCGGCACCAGCAGCAGCAGCAGCAGCAGCAUCACGAGCACCAGCACCCCAAGCACCAUCACUCCCCCUCCUCCAGGACUCCAGGAGCUGCGCAUGUGGCGCUGCCCCAACCUGACCUCAUCUGGCAUGGAGCACAUCGGCCAGAUCCGCACCCUCCGCCGCCUGGACGUGUCCCAGUGCCCCGUGGGUAAUUUAGGGCUAGCGCACCUCCGCCCCCUCUCCUCCUCCCUCUCCUCGCUUGACCUGUCGUGGUCCGGGGUGUCAGAUGAGGGGCUGUGCCAGCUGGCGGGGUAUGAUUGGCUGGAGGAGCUGCAUCUGAGCGGCCCGAACGUGACCCCGCUGGGGCUGAGGCAGGUUCGGGGGCUGCCGAGGCUGCGGAAGGUUCGGCUGUGGUCGGUGACGAGUGAAGUGCUGGCCGCUGCAAGAGACGUGCUGUUGGGUGUGGUAGUGUACUAGGUUACCAAGGUUACGUUACAUUUGCUAUUUCUCGAAUCGUUAAACUGCCUUCUGGAGAAGUGAUGGAGAAGGCUGGGAUGGUAUGGGAUGGGGUAUGAGAAAGCUCUGUCAACCUACCGUGUGGUGGGAAGGGGUAAUGUGUGGUGUGGGCAGGUGAAGUGUGCUUUUGAGGCGUGUGCCUCAAAAGAAUGACCUGGACAACUGAAGCUGGUGCAAUGCAGCUCAGGCAGUUGUGGUUGGAGUUUGGCUGGAGGUGAAGGGCAUGUGAGUCGGAUUGCUGCAGAUGCAGAAGAAAUUAAGCAGCAGGCUGGUACCUCAAUUUAUUCCUAGAUCUCUCCUUACCCUGCUCCUAUCACUCUUACACUUGCUCUCACACGCUCUUUCAGUGCCUUUCUCGCCUUUUUCCCAGUUCUGCUCUCCCUCUCACUAUCCGUUCCUCUUCCUUUCUCCAUACCUACCCUUCGGAAGAUUUCCAUCUCAUCCGGCCCUUCGUGAAUCUCCCCUUGUUGCCUUUCCUUAGCCCCUGGCUUUGAUCUUCUUUUAUUGGGACAACCACCUUCUUUAGUGCUUGUACUUGCUAUUUCUAACAUUUGCUUCUCUAGUUGGAUGGUCCUUGUACCCACAUCUAUAUUAUUUCUCUUAGGUUAUUAGUUCAUUUGGGGA